GCAGGCAAGAAAGAAGGAGGGAGCAGAGCUCAGAGUCCCAAGAAUGCUCCUCUCCCAGCUCAAGGGAUCCCUGAUUGGCUGCCUGGCUCUUUGCUAUGAAACAUCCCACUUCCUUUACAGCCCAGCAGUUGUAUUUUAACCUCGGCUCUUUGGCCCUGUGCAAGCUUUUUCCGCACACCAUGUGAUUGUUUGUUUGUUUGAGCUUGUCUAAGCUUUGCAGCCUUGACAGGGCUCCUUUAUCAGCUUACUUCCCCACUCAUACUGGAAUAGUGUGGAAUGCCGCAGCUGGACCCAGUGAUAACACUCUGGUUUGGGAGCUGCGCACUGCACAGUUUCCCGUGACAGCAGAGGAGAAGCGCGCAGAUCGGGUGUGCAGGCUCCGUUUUCACACAGGACAGUAGCAGCUGGAUAUGUUUGCCCUCACUGCCUCUGUGCUCCGGCGAGGAGCUUUGAGGUACCGGGACAGCCAAUGCACCAUGGCAACCAUUGUGUCCGGAAACAAGACCUCGCAACAGGUGAAGGAGCGAUUGAAGAAGGAGGUAGCAGAGAUGAAGACUCAGUUCCCUGGCUUCAGGCCUGGCCUGGUUGUGCUGCAGGUCGGGGACAGAGAUGACUCAAACCUCUACAUCAGCAUGAAGCUCAAGGCAGCGGCUGAGAUUGGAAUCAAUGCAAACCACAUUAGGCUUCCCGAAACAGCCACAGAAGAUGAAGUCCUACAAAGCAUAGUUGCAGUGAAUGAGAACCCUGCGGUUCAUGGUCUCAUCGUACAACUACCUCUUGACUCCAUCGGCCCAAUAAACACAGAGAAAGUGACCAAUGCUGUGGCCCCAGAGAAAGAUGUUGAUGGCUUGACCAGUAUAAAUGCGGGGAAGCUGUCUCGUGGAGACCUGGGCAACUGUUUCAUCCCUUGCACUCCUAAUGGCUGCAUGGAGCUAAUCAGUCAGACCGGUGUGAGUGUGAUGGGAAAGAAUGCUGUCGUGAUCGGCCGCAGUAAGAUCGUUGGAGCUCCAAUGCACGAUCUGCUCUUAUGGAACCACGCCACAGUGACCACCUGCCAUUCAAAGACCCUCGACCUUGCUGAACAUGUGGGAAGAGCAGAUAUCUUGGUUGUGGGUGCUGGCAGAGCUGAGAUGGUGAAAGGAGAGUGGGUGAAGGAGGGGGCGGUGGUCAUAGACUGUGGUAUCAGUCAUAUACCAGACCGCAGUAAAGCCAGUGGGAAACGAGUGGUGGGGGAUGUACAUUACUCCUCAGCUAAAGAGCGAGCUGGAUACAUCACCCCAGUGCCUGGUGGAGUCGGACCCAUGACUGUAGCUAUGCUGAUGAAGAAUACAGUUGAAAGUGCAAAGCGGUUUCUGCAGACAUACACUCCAGGGAAGUGGAACAUAGUGUUCACAAAGAAGAAACCCCAAGAGCCUCAGCCCAGUGAUGCUGCAAUCUCACAUUCAUGCCAAAGCAAACCAGUCGGUCAGCUUGCAAGAGAGGUGGGCCUGUUUUCCGAAGAAGUGGAGCCAUAUAGCAGAAGUAGGGCUAAGAUACGACUGGAUGUUCUGAAACGCAUGAAGAAACAGCCUGAUGGGAAAUAUGUGGUUGUCACUGGAAUUACUUCUACUCCAUUGGGCGAGGGAAAGCGCACCACCGCUCUCGGACUGGCUCAGGCAUUCGGGGCUCUCCUGAAUAUCAACGCUUUUGCUUGUGUGCAAGAGCCUUCCCCAGGAUCCUGUUUUGGUGCUAGGGGGGUUGCUGUUGGAGGUGGAUACUCUCAGAUUAUCCCAUUGGAGGAGGCCAGCCUUCAGCCUUCAGGCCAGAAUGAGCUCAUCUCUGCUGCCAGUAGAGUUGUGAUGGACACUAUUAAAGCACAUGCUCACUAUGAGACCAAGCUUUCUGAUAAGGCUUUGUUUGACUUAUUGGUUCCUCUCAAAGAGGGCCAAAGAUCUGUCUCCCCAGCCCAGCUUAGCCGGCUGAAGAAACUGGGCAUUGAGAAAUCUGACCCCUUGACCUUCACAGGGACCGAGAUAAGACGUUUUGUCCGAUUGGACAUUGACCCAGAAACUACAGCAGAUUCUGACUCUUUGGAAAACGAGAUCAUGGCUAUACUGUCACUCAGCAGCAGUGAAGAGGAGAUGCAGCAGAGGCUGGCCAAGAUAGUAGUGGCUACAAACAAAUCUGGAUAUCCUGUCACCACAGAGGAUUUAAAUGUCAGUGGCCCAUUGGCCAUGCUAUUGAAAGAUGCCCUUAAACCUGUCUUGAUGCAAACUGUAGAGGGUACACCGGUGUUUCUUCACACCAGCCCAUUAGUUGACAUUGCCCAAGGCAGUCCUUCCAUUCUGGCAGACAAAAUGGCUUUAAAAAUGGUCGGAUCCAAAGGAUUUGUAGUUACUGAGUCUGGUCAUGGGGCUAACAUUGGCUUGGAGAAGUUCUUCAACAUUAAAUGCCGCUACUCUGGCCUGCAGCCUGAUGUGGUAGUGAUGGUGGCCACUGUUCGUACCUUGAAGAUGCAUGGCGGCGCCCCCCCUCUUCAAGCAGGUUUGCCCCUUCCAAAAGAGUAUUCACAGGAGAACCUCAAGCAGCUGGAGAGAGGCUGUCGUCACUUGAGGAGACAGGUGGAAAAUGCACAAGCUUUUGGUUUGCCAGUGAUCGUAGCUGUCAACAAAUUCAGCUCUGACACUGACGCUGAGCUGGAGCUGGUGUGUGGCCAGGCGAGGCAGGCUGGUGCCUUCGAUGCAGUGAAGUGCACUAACUGGUCUAAGGGGGGCGCUGGAGCGUUGGCUCUGGCCGAAGCUGUUCAGAGAGCAGCAGAUCUACCUGGACGGUUUAGGUUUCUGUACGACUCGCAGAUUCCAGCUGCUGAUAAGUUAAGGAUUGUGGCACAAAAGAUGUACGGUGCGAAAGAUAUCGAGCUCUCUCCAAAAGCAAAGGAAAAGCUUGCACUUUAUACAAAACAGGGCUUUGGGAAUUUGCCUGUUUGCAUAGCCAAAACACACCUGUCCUUGAGUAAUGACCCCAUGAUGAAGGAAGAACCCACCAACUUCAUGCUGCCCAUAACCGAUAUCAAGGCCAAUGCUGGCGCAGGUUUCCUCUCUUGUCUGACAAACUCGACAAAUACAGAAAUGGAUGAUCCAAUGUGGCCCUGUUUCCAUGGCAACAACCUUUACCAUGACAGCAAGUAGCUCAAUGGUUACUUGCUAAGGUGGGAAAGCUGAAAUUGGUUUAAUUAAUGGUCAAUCAAACUUUUAAUAACUGGAAAGAGACACUUUUCUUUUUAACAUGGCUAAAUGAUUUUUAAAACUUACAAAGACAUUCAAAUCAUUGCAUCAAAUUCGAGCACCAAAUGGUCAAAAUAUAGACCAUUGUCAUGUUUUGCUGUAAUUUGCUAUAAAACAUCCUAUGUAAAAAAACAACAACAACCCAGCUAUUUAUCAAUAUCGUUGUCACUAUAUUAUUUGUAAACUGACAAAUGAUGUUGCUGUGUACAGUAUUUUAAUUCACUCCAGAUUUCACAGUUAUUACACUGGGCUCCUUGAACCAUAAGAUAUUUUUAGCCAUGACUGAGCUUUAGCAGCACAGAACCAAUUGUCUGUCAGUAUUUUUCUUAGCACAUUUACGCUGCAGUUUGCCAGUAUUAUUGA